AUGAGCGAACGCGGUAAACUUUUAAAACAUGAAUCAAGCCAUGGAGAGUCAAGCGAUGAUGAAGAUUAUCAUGGACCGUUGAUCAGAUUGUCGGCUAGAAAUUUGUCAAUAGUUAAGACGAGUCACUGCUCCUGCGUUAAUGCGAUGGGAACGAACGGGAAUGUCUGCAAAUGUGAUUCGAAAGUAUAUGAUGUCAAGGCACGUACAUCAAAGCAACUCUUGGAAGCCACACAAAGCGGCCGCAGCAGCAGUAGCGGCGAUGAGGAAAUUGAAAAAAGCCUACGACGUUCGCAAUAUUUGGGCAUAAAUAUAACGCCGAGUUUUAUUCACUCUCAAACUGAUUAUCAACGUGUCUUCAUAAGUCGCGAAGCAGCUGUCGACUUUAAUACGUCAGAAUUGAUGAAAUGUUCACAAUAUUUACAAAAGGCGAUCGAAUUGCGUAGCAAUUAUAUGCAAAUGUCUAAACAAAACUAUUCGCUUUCGGCGUACAAUGCCAUACAGGCGAAGAAAAAUGGAAAAUUGCGAAAUUAUUUCGAGACAAAAAAAACUGUAGAGCCUUCUAGCCGAUAUUAUCUAAAUUAUGAUCCUUGGAAAAUUGACUUUCCACCAGAUUUAAGUUUAAAUUUAAAGAUCAACAAGGGCGUGUUUGAAGUGUAUGACUUAAAGACGAAUCCAGUCUAUGCUUUAUAUCCGAAAUUGGAAGAAUUCAGUAAUGAUUUGGGCGCUAUGCUCGAUCUUUUGGCGGAUGGUCCUCUUAAAACAUUUUGCUAUAGACGUUUAACAUACUUAUCAUCAAAAUUUCAAAUGCACGUUUUACUUAACGAAAUGAAAGAGUUGGCUCAGCAGAAAGAAGUCGCUCAUCGCGAUUUUUACAAUUUACAUAAGGUCGACAAUCAUAUACAUGCGUCAUCGUGUAUGAAUCAAAAGCAUUUGUUACGUUUCAUUAAGCGAGCUUUGAAGCAAACACCCGAUCUGGAAGUUUGCGUCGUUGAUGGGAAGCCUAUGUCUUUGGCUGGCGUCUUUAAGGCAAUGAAUAUUACAGCUUAUGAUCUCACAGUUGAUAAAUUGAAUGUACAUGCCGAUCGGAAUACAUUUCAACGACCGGACGAAUUUAAAUAUCGUUUUAAUCCAACGGGUGACACUUUAUUGCGUGAGGUUUUCUUAAAGACAGACAAUUACGUAGAUGGUUCAUUUUUCGCCGAGAUCAUAAAGGAGGUCUUUAUGGAUUUGGAAGACUCUAAAUAUCAAAAUGCGGAACUUAGAUUAUCCGUGUACGGGAAAAAUAUAAAUGAAUGGACCAAAUUGGCGAAAUGGGCUAUCACGCAUAAUGUUCACAGUCACAAUGUGCGGUGGUUAGUGCAAAUAGCUCGAGGAUUUGAUAAUUUGAUAAAAUAUGAAUUGGUUACGACAUUUCAAGAAUUCUUAAUCAAUAUUUUCUCUCCGCUAUUUGAGGCGACCAUAGCACCGAACAAACAUCCGGAAUUGCACAGAUUUUUAAAAUUUGUUGUAGGCUUCGAUUUAAUAGGGUAUGAAGCCAUCCUCGAGGAUUUGAAGUUGGAUAGCGAGACGAUACUACCCGAAAAUUGGCGCGGACCCGAAUCUCCGUCUUAUGCCUAUUAUGUUUACUACCUUUUUGCGAAUAUAUGCUGUUUAAAUAAUCUGCGACAGGCACGCGGUAUGAAUACUUUCGCCUUCCGCCCGCAUAGUGGCGAAGAGGGCAGCUAUCAACAUUUAGUUUGCAGCUUUCUGACAGCACAAGGUAUUUCACAAGGCCUUGUUUUGCGCAAGUGUCCCACUCUACAAUAUCUCUACUAUUUGUGUCAAAUUGGUAUCGCGAUGAGUCCCUUAUCGAAUAAUUGUCUUGUGCUUAGUUACCAUCGCAAUCCAAUGAUGGACUUUUUCUCACGCGGACUUUUCAUUUCAUUAUCAACCGACCAUCCGUUACAUUUUCAUUUUACCCGCGAACCUUUAAUGGAAGAAUAUAGCGUAGCUGCACAAGUCUGGAAAUUUAGCUCUUGCGAUAUGUGCGAAUUGGCUCGUAAUAGUGCGUUAAUGUGUGGCUUUCCGCAUGAAUUGAAAAUCGAAUGGCUGGGUCCGAAUUAUCAAGUCGAAGGAUUGCUUGGCAAUGAUUUUUAUCGCACUAAUGUGCCCAACGUAAGAAUUUCAUAUCGGACGGAAACUUUGGCUGAAGAGAUAGCCAAUGUGCUGAGCAACGACGAUGCACAGGAAACGUUCUAACUAAAAGAUGUAGAAGAAACAAGGAGAAAAUAAAGAUAGUCGAGGCGACUAACAAAAUGAUUAUAAAAUUAUCAAUAAAAUCUAAAACUGAAACAAUUCUUUUUUACCGGUACAGUCCUGUACAUU